GCUGCUCGUGCAUAUAGGCUGAGUGUUGUCCCCGGAAUCGGACGAUGGGCUGAACGUCCUCCGAAAGAAGGAGCGUGAGUUGUGUCAGACUUUGUUCUGGUCUCAUUUUCUUCUGCUAGUCGCUGCUAACUCCGGUCAGACAUGGAGAGAGUUGUCAUUGUAACCGGCGCGAACAGUGGCAUCGGCCUGGCCUUGUGUGAAAGGCUGCUCAGUACGGACCGCCAGCUCCGACUGUGUCUGGCCUGCAGGAACAUGCAGCGGGCCGAGGCCGCCCGCUCUGCCCUCCUGACCUCCCACAGCGACGCCCACGUGGAUCUGUUGCACCUCGAUGUGGGCUCUGUGCAGUCAGUGCUCAACGCUGCUAAGGAGGUCAAGGCCCGGUACAGCAGAAUUGACUUCCUGUAUCUAAAUGCAGGAAUUAUGCCCAAUCCACAAGUGAGCGUCACUGCUUUUUUCAAGGGUCUGUUUUCCAGGAACGUCAUCAACAUGUUUGCGACAGCAGAGGGUCUCUUAACUCAACAGGAUCGCCUCAACUCAGAUGGCCUACAAGAAGUGUUUGCUACUAACCUCUUUGGUCAUUUCCUCCUGAUCAGGGAGCUGGAGCCUCUACUGUGUCGGCCGGCUCACGCGUCCAGGCUAGUGUGGACCUCCUCGAGUAAUGCCCGUCGCUCUGCCUUCAGCAUCGAGGACAUUGAGCACAGAAAUGGAACGGAGCCCUACAGCUCCUCCAAAUACGCUUCAGACAUGCUCAGCCUGGCACUCAACAGACACAAGAACGAACAGGGGUUGUUCUCCUCUGUAAUAUGUCCAGGUCUGGUGAUGACUAACUUGACCUAUGGUAUCCUCCCUUCCUUCUUCUGGACUCUCAUCAUGCCCAUCAUGUGGUUGAUUAGGAUUUUCACCAACACUUUUACACUGACUCCAUACAAUGGAGCAGAGGCACUGCACUGGCUGUUUGUUCAAAAGCCAGAGUCUCUGGAUCCAAGAGCAAAGUAUCACAGUUUAACAUCAGGCCUCGGAACAAACUACACUCAGCCUCGAAAAAUGGACAUUGAUGAUGAAAUGUCUGAGGUCCUGUUUUCAAAACUUCUCGAACUUGAGAAAGUGGUCAGAAGGAAACUCAGUGAGACAAAUGCUGAUAACGAAGCUCAUCACAAGUAACUCAGCCAGAUAGAGUAGACGGGGUCUUUGGUGGGGAAGGUUUUCCUCUUUCGAAGUGGACCAGGUGCAGUGUGAACCAUUUAUCACAGCUCUAAUUCACAUGUUCACCCACUUUGGACCAUCGACUGAUGUGUGUCUCACAGAGAAUGAAUCGACCCUUAAUAUUCUGCCUCAGUCAAAGAUUUGCUGGCUACGGGAGUGUGGUUGCUUCUGAGGUGACCACUUAUAGUCAGUUGGUUCAUACCAGAAGUAACAACAUGUUUUAUUCGUCCCAGACUCAGUAUUGUUGACACAAUGAACUUAAAUUGAAACUUAAUUUUUGCUACUUUUGUACUUUUAAUGUAACAUUUGAAUCUGACUGUCAUUUGCAAAGAGGACAAUUUAUUCCUUUGUCUUUGUUCAUUUAUAUUAAACUUGUAGAGUUUGAUCUCUGUCUCCCCCUUCUGGUAGUGGGAGUAAUUACAUAAACACUGUAAAAGCAUAUGCCUGCAGAUGAACCCCUGUCCAGGAACGGUUACAAAGAGAGACCUUUCCACAGUUCAAAGAUAAUAAUCUAUUAUUUAGAGAAUAAAUUCCAUCCAUCCA